AUGACGGCACGUCAAUCGUCACCCACAUCGGACCACUCACAUUCGGACGGCAAUGUUCGCAAGAGGUGUGACGGCGCCAAUCCAUGUGGACGGUGUAGGGCAGACAAUGCCAUCUGCGUCUUUGGCGAGAGGAAGAAGGCCCAUGAUAAAGUGUACCCCAAGGGAUACGUUGAGAUGCUGGAGCAGCAACAGGCUUGGCUGGUAUAUGGUCUUCAGGAACUAUAUCGACGCUCCAGCGAGGGUGAAGGGUGGCCGGGAGAGCCGUUAAAAUGCGAAGCAAACGGCCACCCUCUGACGCAUGAUCUGCUCACACGGCUUGGCGCUCUCGAUCAAAGUAAAGGCGAACGCUUCGAGGAGAACACCGAGGUUAUGCAGCAGGAAUUGUGGAAGCAGAAUGCCGGCCACAUGCAACGACAGGAUUCAUCAGAUGGCAGUUCCGAGAGUGCGCAAUCGCCCAUCACAACGUCGCGCUUCGCAGACGCCUUCUCACGACAUCAACUUCCUCCCACGCCUCCAAAUCUCAGCCCAGCAGCGCGUAGCCAGGCACCGACGAUCAAGGCUGAACCCCAGAUGGCUCCCCACAAUCCCGCAUACAUUGCGCCCAUGUCGAUGCAAGGGGUAGUAAACCCCAUCGCCUUACAAGGUCCACCGCAAUGGCCUAACAGCAGCUUCGGAACCUUUGACGAGAUGGACAUGAUGGGGCCGUCCGACUUUACCAGUCUUUCCUUCGAUGAUCAGUUAUCAUCACCGAUGUUCAACCGGCAGAUUCCAAUCAACUGCGUAACAUCGGCCUCAUUCAUGGAUACGAAGAGCGACUACGAGGACUUCAAUCAAUUUCUGAAUCCGAAUCCGACGGAGAUAACGUCCAUCUAG